CUGAACAUGGAUCGUAAUACACCUAUUUUCCAAGCUUUAAUAUGCGGCAUAAUUGCUGGUACUGAAAUAAAUUUAAUUAAAGUCUUCAGACUUCACCAGGACAUUUAUACAAACUCAAAGAAUGGAGUGGCCCUUCACGCACUGGCCUCAGUCUCCGAAACAUCGAAAGUGAUGAAGAACUGUGCAACUUUCCUAAAUACUCCUGAGACGAAAAAUAAUUUGAUUUGGCACUGGGUUCGUGGCCACUCCGGGGUCGAGGGUAAUGAAGUAGCAGAAAAGCUAGCGAAAGCUGAAGUCAAGGAACUUUUCAUCCGCCCCCAACCCUUCAACGGGACUCCACACAGCCUAGCUAAGCUCAUCGUCCAGGAUCAAUGCACAGAUGCCUCCCAAGACAUUUGGCUACAAGCCAAUGGUCUCGUAAACUCAAAAAUUCUGAAUAACGCCUACCGUACUAAACACUCUAGAGAGACUGUGGUAUUAGGCAAGAAUAGCUUCCGAAUAGUGACUAGCGCUUUUGUGGAAUACUGUGGUUGGAACGAGCUCAAGUUAACUGAGAGCAGAGACUGUAAAUUCUGCCAUGAAGCGCACGAGACAUCUCUACAUCUGAUAAGCAACUGUUGCCCACAAAUGGGCAUACGAAACUCAUUUCUGGAUGGACAUAAGCCUCAACCAGAAGGGGUAAAAAUAACAGGAGAUCCACGCACGAACAAGUUCCCUCUGGUAUCGAACCCGCUACCAAUCUUAGUGAUCCUGUACGUGUACCACCGCUUCGUAAAAACAUGGGGUCCUGCCUUUAUGGCCAAUCGACCCCCGUACAACAUUAAGAAGCUCAUCAUUGCGUACAACAUUAUUCAGAUUCUGUUAUCCGGAUAUUUAGCAGUGCAAUGUCUGACUAAGCUAUACCUGCCAGGCUACUACAGUAUCUGGUGCCAGAAGAUCGUCUAUGAAGACACGCCUCUAGAGCGGAUCGUCAUCAACCGCGUUUGGCUUUACUACUUCAUCAAGAUAGUUGAUUUGCUUGACACGGUGUUCUUCGUGUUGCGAAAGAAAUUCUCCCACAUAACGUUUCUACACGUCUACCACCACUUGGGCAUGGGCCUGCUCGGCUUCAUCGGCACCAAAUAUGUACCAGGUGGUCACGGUAUUAUGUUGGGCUGCAUCAACUCGCUGGUCCACACGGUGAUGUAUGCGUACUACCUCAUUUCCAUCGUAAAGAAAGAGUGGGUGCGCCAUUGGUGGAAGAAGUAUAUCACACAGCUGCAAAUACUUCAAUUCGUACUGCUGAUCCUUCACUUCGGUCACGUUCUCUUCGAGCCGUCCUGCGAGUAUCCCAAAUGGGUCUCCUUCGUCUUUCUGCCCCACAACAUCUUUAUACUCUUUUUGUUCUCCGAUUUCUACAUUAAGGAAUAUAUUUACAAAAAGAAAAAAUAAUUUUGUAUCUACGUUAA